UCUCUCACCCUCUCCAUGGAUGUAAUCUCAGACCUGACAACAGGUAUUUGUGAGACGCCUGGCGCUGUUAUCUGUCCACACCUCAGUGAUCUUUUGACAGCGCAGUCAGAGCAGAGCUCCUCUAGGUCUCUAGAAAUCCCUGUAGAAGCAACUGCAGACAUGGGUCGUCAGGAGGCCGACUACGUGUGGAAGAAGAACACUGAAAACAUCCAGGAAGUUUUUGAUUUCAUGGAGGAGCUGGGCUCAGGAGCGUUCUCAGAAGUUUACAUGGUGAAGGAGAGGAAGACGGGGAAAUUGUUUGCCAUGAAGUGUGUCAAGAAGAAACAGAAGAGGGACUUGAAUCUGGAGAACGAGAUUGCCGUCUUGAGGAGACUCAAACAUGAAAACGUUGUGGGGAUGGAGGAUUUCUAUGAAAGUCAGUCCCAUUACUACCUUGUCAUGCAGCUGGUUUCAGGCGGUGAGCUCUUUGACCGUAUCCUGGAGCGCGGAGUUUACUCAGAGAAAGAUGCUAGUGAGGCGAUUAAGCAGGUGCUGCAGGCCGUCAGCUAUCUGCACCAAAAUGACAUAGUGCAUCGUGAUCUCAAGCCUGAGAACAUUCUGUACUACAGCUCAGAUGAACAUUCCAAGCUGAUGAUCAGUGACUUUGGCCUGUCCAAGAUGGUGGACAGUGGCAUCAUGUCGACCGCCUGUGGCACUCCAGGAUAUGUCGCUCCUGAGGUUUUGGCACAGAAGCCCUACAGUAAAUCUGUGGACUGCUGGUCAAUUGGAGUUAUUACCUACAUUUUACUCUGUGGAUACCCACCUUUUUAUGAAGAGAGCGAGACACGACUCUUCUCAAAGAUCAUGAAGGCGCAAUAUGAGUUUGACUCGCCCUUCUGGGAUGACAUAUCCGAGUCUGCUAAGGAUUUCAUCCGUAACAUGUUGCAGAAGAAUCCCAACAUGCGCUACACCAUUGAUCAAGCGCUCAGACAUCCCUGGAUUAUCGGAAAGACGGCCCGGAGCCAGGACAUCUACUAUUCUGUGAGUGUCCAGAUCCAGAAGAACUUUGCCAAGUCCAAGUGGAAGCAAGCCUUCAAUGCUGCUGUAGCCAUCAACCAUAUGAAGAAGCUGCAGCAGGCCCACUCUGAGUUGGUUGUGAGGCAGGCCAGUAUCCCAGACAUCAAGGUGAUCGACUUGUCUUCCCCAACAAAACCGCGCAAACGGCUCGACCCAGACAAGCUUGAGCCCAGAAGGGUGGAGGUCGGCGAGAAUGCACAGGGGACAAUACGCAUACCCCUGCCCCAGAGCCACGUCGAACCGAAGAGCCACUACCACGCACUGAAAGCUAGUCACAGCGACUGCGGCACACAUCAUGCACCCACUAUAGCUGAGCAGGGCAAACAUGUGUACCACUCCGAGCCCGCCAACCUUAAUGGGUAUAAGAACCGCAAUGAAAAGAUUGAGCAGACUCGAGUUUGCUCAAUCAUGUGAAGGCUGUGUGUGAAGCUUACACGGAAAAACAUUUUACUCGGUCAGUGUUGCUGUGCCGACUCAGCAUGCAGCUGUCGUGUGUCAGCAGCUCCCCCUGGUACCGAGAAUGAGAAGUGUUUGAUCCUCUCUGACAGAUAUACAUCUGCGAGGUCCAUGCAGUCUGUGGGACAUCUUUUUUAUUUUAUUUUUUAUUUUUGAAAGUGUGCCUAUGAUGCCUCCUAGCAACCACAUAGAAGUACACACACAGACGGUACACACACACACGUCCAGAUUCACUUGACCCACUUUGGGUUAGAUGCACAGACGCAGUAUUCAGAGGAUUGACUCUCAUAUAGAAGCGGGUUUGACAGUUUCACCUGCUGUGGAGCUCCAUAUGAAUGAUUAUCCAGUGCAUGGUGAAGCAGUUUCUGAUCUCUAAUGUUACUAAAUGUCACUAGAUGUUAUUUCAGGUUUCCUUACUUUUUAUCGUGUUAAAUUUAAUAAUUUAUUGACACUUUUUUCGAGGUAACAUGUUACAACAUGUGUAAAUCAUCACCCUAUAACCGACCUGCAUUCAGAGAAUAGAAAAGAAACACUGUACACAGCUUCAGAAGAGCCAUAUUAUUUAUUCUUGUAAAGUUGUGUUGUAUUUUAUUUUUUUAAGUAUCUAUUUCUUUUUGAAAAAGAAAACUGUUAAAACAGUAUAACUUUCUAUUUAUUUACCUAUACCUUUAUUUAACCAGGAAAAAAAACACAUUGAGAUUAAUGCCAUUGGUGUACUCGAAUGUAAAUGGUCAUGUAAAUUCACAGUAAUAGAUGUUUCAUGUCUGCCUGUAAAUAAUUAAUUCUUCUUGUCUCUACAGCUGUAUGUAGAGAUGGACGCUCAUUCAUGUUUGUUCAUUAUUAAAUGUUUGCAGAAUUUGCAUUUGUUUUUCUCCCAUUAUAUUUUCCACUUUUCUUUGAACAGUAACUAUGUAGUUUUAAUAUUAAACCCAAAGCCGCAUGAUCAGCCUCAUCUGAGGAGAAUUAAAAUGACCUGUCUUUAUCCGUA